CCGCCGGGCCAAACGAGGGGCUGAGGGCAGCGGCUCGGCCCCCGGGAACCAUGUUCUCCCGGAAGAAACGGGAGCUGAUUAAAACCCCCUCCAUCUCCAAGAAGAGCCGGGCGGGAAGCCCCGUCCCGCAGACCCUGCCGGACCUGUCCCGCAGGGAUUGCCUGGAGGCACCGGGCUCCAGCCUGGGGGACCUGCCCGCUCAGCACCCUGCCAAGCUCAGCACCAGCCCCAGCACCGUGGGCACCCUGAAGCGCCCCACCAGCCUCAGCCGCCAUGCCAGCGCCGCCAGCUUCCCCCUGCCCGCGGCCCCCCGCGCCAUGGCCAAGGGCCACAAGACCCCCACAUCCUACAGCCCCAUGGAGGGCGGGGAGAGUCCCUUCAUCGACCCCGAGGACAUCUCCCAGCUGCUGGCGGACGUCGCCCGCUUCGCCGACGCCCUGGAGAAGCUGCGGGACGUGGUGCUGCGCGAUGACCCCAAGGAGCCCCAGCGGCCUCUGGCCCACGAGUGCUUGGGCGAAACCCUGCGCAUCCUGCGCCAGGUCAUCAACAAGUACCCACUGCUCAACACCCUGGAGACCCUGACAGCUGCUGGGACCCUCAUCUCCAAAGUCAAGGGGUUCCACUAUGAAUCCAACAACGAGGCGGACAAGCGGGAGUUCGAGAAGGCUGUGGAGACCAUCGCUGUGUCCUUCAGCAGCACGGUGUCCGAGUUCCUCAUGGGGGAGGUGGACAGCAGCACCCUCCUCUCCAUCCCACCCAGUGACCAGAACCAGAGUAUGGAGAGCCUCUACGGGGGGAUCCCUGGGCCUGGAGGAGACGCCGUGCCUGUGGGCGUGGAGAGCUACCACACGGCCCGUCCUCCGGCCGAGGAAGUGGAUGUGAUGCUGCAGCGCUGUGAGGGGGGGGUGGAUGCUGCACUCCAGUACGCCAAAACCAUCUCCAAGUACAUGAAGGACCUGAUCGGAUACCUGGAGAAAAGGACCACGCUGGAGAUGGAGUUUGCUAAAGGGCUCCAGAAAAUGGCAAACAGCUGCAAGCAAACCAUGAGCCAGGAGACCAACAUGCCUUUCCUGUCCAUCUACCUGCUGGCCCUGGAGCAGGACAUGGAGCAUGGGACAUCAGUUCUUCAGGCAGCCAACACCCUGCAGCACCAAACCUUCCUCCAGCCGCUGAUGGUGAGACGCCUCGAGCACGAGAAGCGGAGGAAGGAGAUCAAAGAGCAGUGGCACCGGGCACAGAGGAAACUGCAAGAGGCCGAGGGGAACCUGCGCAAGGCCAAGCAGACGUACAUGCAGCGCAGCGAGGAGCACGACAAGGCCAAGUACGUGGCAGUGAAGGCGGAGGAGGAGCAGCAGAACACGAGCAGCAGCAUCACCACCAAAACCCUGGACAAGAAGAGGCGGCUGGAAGAGGAAGCCAAGAACAAGGCAGAAGAGGCCAUGGCCACGUAUCGCACCUGCGUGGCCGACGCCAACACGCAGAAGCAGGAGCUGGAGGACACCAAGGUGAACUCCCUGCGGCAGAUCCACGAGGUGAUCAAACAGAGCGACCAGGUCAUCAAGUCGGCCACCAUCUCCUUCUACCAGACCAUGCACAUGCAGACGGCGCCGCUGCCCGUGAACUUCCAGACGCUGUGCGAGAGCAGCAAGCUGUACGACCCGGGCCAGCAGUACGCGUCCCACGUGCGGCAGCUGCAGCGCGGGGACGAGCCCGACGUCCAGUACGACUUCGAGCCCUACGUGUCCCACAACGCCUGGUCCCCCUUUUCUCGGACACGGAAGGGCAGCUUUGGCACCAGCGAGUUCUCCACGAGUGCCGAGGGGCCCUUGGCCUGCUCUGAGGGGGGGGCAGGAGCCAAGGAGCCCCCGAGUGGGGCAGAAGCGGCCGAGCGGAGAGGUGGGAGGGGACACCAGGUCCAUAAAUCCUGGCCAACCUCCGUUGCUGAAGCUGAAAGCAGCCUGGAUUCCAAUGCAGGUGAAUUCAGCCACAAGCUGCAGCGGCUCUCGUCCAACGGCACCGUGUCCUCCAGUGAGGAGCUGGAGGAGAAGGACGAGACCACCACCCCCUUUGAGCAGAGCAUCAAUGGGAUCACCCCGGAGCUGGCGGCUCCCACGGGGCCCUUCCGGAAUGUUGGCUUGUCCAAGGCUGCCCAGACCCACCGGCUGAGGAAGCUCCGUGCCCCUUCCAAGUGUCGGGAGUGCAACAGCUACGUGUACUUCCAGGGAGCUGAGUGUGAGGAGUGCUACCUGGCCUGCCACAAGAAGUGCCUGGAGACCUUGGCCAUCCAGUGUGGGCACAAGAAGCUCCAAGGGAAGCUGCAGCUCUUCGGGCAGGACUUCACAAAGGCGUCCCAGGGCAGCCCGGACGGGAUCCCCUUCAUCGUCAAGAAGUGCAUUUCCGAGAUCGAGAAGCGGGCUCUGAAAACCAAGGGCAUUUAUCGAGUUAAUGGUGUCAAGACCCGCGUGGAGAAGCUCUGCCAGGCCUUUGAGAAUGGGAAGGAGCUGGUGGAGCUGUCCCAGGCCUCCCCCCACGACAUCAGCAAUGUCCUAAAGCUCUACCUGAGACAGCUGCCGGAGCCCCUGAUGCCGUUCCGGCUGUACAACCAGCUGAUGGGGCUGGCCAAGGAGAGCCUGCAGGGGGACGCCAAGGGCCGGGGCGGGAAGGGCGGCCCCGAGCUGGUGGACAGAGGAGCCGACACUGACCGGGUGGUGCUGAGCCUGGUGCUGAAGCUGAGGGAGCUGCUGAAGGAGCUUCCCUGCGAGAACAUGGCCACGCUCCAGUACCUCCUGCAGCACCUGAGGAGGAUCAUGGAAGUGGAACAGGACAACAAGAUGACCUCAGGCAACCUGGGCAUCGUCUUUGGGCCAACACUGAUGCGCCCCAGGCCCACGGACGCCACGAUUUCCUUGUCCUCACUGGUGGAUUAUCCCCACCAAGCUCGUAUCAUCGAGGCCCUCAUCAUCUUCUACCCCACCAUCUUUGAGCACAAGGAGGUGGCGGCGCUGGCCGAGCCCGGCAGGCGCGGCUCAGGCACCGCAGAGGAGGCCCACGCAGGCUCCCAGCCCACGGCUGCCCCCAGCACUGCCCCCUACCCGGCCCUGCCUUCGGAGAAGGGGAAUUUGGCUUUCAGUGCCGACUCGCUCGCAGAGUCCGGCGACCGCUCCGUGGACUCCGACUCGGAGCUGGAGGACGGGGGGGAGCCACAGGCACAGCUGAGCAAGCAGGGCAGCGAGACCAGCACGGACGACGCUCCGUUCUGCGACGAGGGGAGCGAGGGGCCGCGGAGCCGGAGCUGCAGUGCGGGCCAGUCGGACACGGAGGGCUCCGGGCCCCGCUGCUGCAGCCCCGGGGACGAGCAGAGCGACGCGGAGGAGCCCCCCGAGAGCCGCGGCCCCGCUGCCCCAGGGGACACCGCGAACCAGCCCGGCACCCCCGUGGGUGCCAGGGGCCACCGGCUCAUCUGAGCCACCAGACUGAACCACGGCUGGGAUGGGCAAAGGGAAAACCCCAGAGACUGCCCAGACACAGAAAC